AUGCUCUUUACAAUAUAUCUUGAUAAUAGUUUAAAAACAAAAAAAAUGUUUCAAGAGAACAUUCAAAUGGGACUGGACGGCAUGCCAAACGGAGGUGAGAACAAUGCACAACCAAACGAAGCUAAACGGGAGGGAAAUGUGACGUAUGGUAUCGAUGACAUUCCGCCGUGGUAUCUCUGUAUAUUUAUGGCCUUACAACAUUACUUAACAAUGAUUGGAGCUAUCGUGGCAAUUCCUUUUAUCUUGUGUCCCGCUCUUUGCAUGGAUGAGAGAGACCCUGACAGGUCAAAUAUUAUAUCAACCAUGAUAUUCGUUACAGGAUUAAUAACAUGGCUACAAGCUACUUUUGGCUGCCGUCUUCCAAUAGUCCAAGGAGGUACCAUAUCCUUCCUCGUGCCUACUUUGGCGAUCCUUGGACUACCCACUUGGAAGUGUCCAGACCAAGGAAUCCUGGCUGCCAUGACACCAGAAGAUAGAAGACAAGUCUGGACGAGCAGGAUGUGUGAACUCUCUGGCGCUAUCGCUGUUUCGGCUUUGUUCCAACUUUUCGGUGGUUACUUCGGUAUCAUUGGGUCUCUUCUUCGAUUCGUGACACCAUUAACCAUCGUCCCAACGGUGGCCCUAGUCGGACUAACCUUGUUCGAUCAUGCAGCUGAGGCAGCGUCCCAACAGUGGGGCAUUGCUGCUGGCACGUUUAUUUUACUUACAAUAUUUUCACAAUGUAUGGGCGAAGUGAAGAUACCUACAGUGGCAUGGAGGAAAAGUGUCGGUCUUACUGUUAUUUGGUUUCCGCUUUUUAAGCUGUUUCCGGUCCUCCUGACGAUUGUAAUAAUGUGGGUAGUUUGUGGCAUACUAACCGCAACUGAUGUUUUUGAAGCGGGUCAUCCGGCUCGUACUGAUCUCAAAGUGAAUAUUAUAGAAGAUGCUCCCUGGUUUCGUGUGCCGUAUCCAGGUCAAUGGGGAGUUCCUACGGUAAGUGUGGCUGGAGUUCUCGGGAUGUUGGCGGGUGUUCUGGCCUGCACAGUGGAGUCUAUAAGUUACUAUCCUACUACUGCUAGAAUGUGUGCUGCGCCACCGCCGCCACUACACGCAAUCAACCGAGGUCUGGGUACUGAAGGGCUCGGAACAGUCCUCGCCGGUUUAUGGGGCUCUGGUAACGGCACAAACACUUUCGGGGAAAAUGUUGGCGCCAUCGGUGUCACGAAGGUGGGCUCAAGACGCGUAGUACAAUGGGCAGCGGGUUUAAUGAUUCUUCAGGGCGUGAUUGGAAAGCUGGGUGCAGUAUUCAUAAUUAUACCCCAGCCGAUUGUGGGUGGACUAUUCUGCGUCAUGUUUGGCAUGAUAUCUGCAUUUGGUCUGUCAGCGCUUCAAUACGUGGAUCUCAACAGUUCUCGUAACCUAUAUAUCAUUGGGUUUAGUCUGUUCUUCCCAUUGGUGCUCACUAGAUGGAUGGCAGCUCAUAGUGGAGUAAUUAAUACGGGGGUGGAAGCCUUAGAUGCUGUACUGCAAGUGUUGCUGUCCACAUCAAUUCUGGUGGGAGGAGUGGUCGGGUGUUUCUUGGAUAACUUGAUACCUGGUACACGCGAGGAACGUGGUUUGGACAAAUGGGCUCAGGAGAUGUGUUUGGAAGCAGCUGGAUCCAGUGGCCCGGAUACUUACGAUUUCCCCGUUGGGAUGAGCUACAUACGCAGAUGGAACUGGACCACAUAUGUACCGUUUAUGCCGACCUAUGAAAAUGGGAAAUUUUCUGCUCUGUUUCAACGUAAAAAAGACAGCUAA